CAAUGGGCAUAGACCAGAACACCUUCCAGGAACCUUACUUCAUUGAUAAAGUAAAGUGUGUAGAUCAAGCAUAGGAUACUCUGCUCUAUUCAAUCACAACACACUAAAUUGAAAAAAUUAGUUGAGCAUCCUUAGGAGUAGUUUGGUUUUUUUAACAUGGGAAAACAUGGUGAGGAAGAAGAGUAUUUUCGCUACGAUGUGUUCAUUAGUUUCAGAGGGGAAGAUAUUAGGCACACCGUUCUACGGCAGCUCCGUGAAGGGUUGGGUAGGAGGGGAAUACUCAGUUUCCAUGAUGACAGGGAUAUGAGGAUAGGGACAGUGUUCUACUAUGUAGAUCCCUCAGAUAUACAGGAAUUGAGAAGUAGUUUCGGAAAACACAUGACGGCACACGAAAAAGAGUUUGGAAAAGAGUCGCAGAGAGUGCAGGCUUGGAGGUCUGCUUUGUCUGAAGCAGCUAACUUGCCAGGGAUGCAUAUUACCCCGGGUAUCUGAUCAAGGGAGUGAGCCAAACAAUGGAUAAGAAAAAAUUAGAUAUUGUUAUUGAAUACUUUUAUGAGUCAUAUUUUUAGUAUUGAACAUCUAUAUUGAACAUAAUGAACCUCUUUCUUUUUAAUUUUUAUGUAUGAACAAUUAGUUAUAUAAAUGAUAUUAGGUUGAACAA